AGAGGGAAAAGAUAAUAGGUCAAGAGCGAAGCCGAUAACCAUCUAGAAAGAGAAUAUUUAAACGUGAAGUGUAGUAACACCAAUGCAAGGGGGCAUUAUGCGAAUUAUAAAGAGCAAAGAUGCGUGGUUAAAUAUUGCAAUCAACCUUCCAGUUGAGUUGAGAUACGAUACCCUACCGCGGCAGAUAUAAUUCAUACUUCAUCUUUUCUUUGACUUUUUCCCAUUUUGUCUCUGCAGUUUUGCAAGGAACCAGCGGUGAGUGACAAGGAGACCUACCGAACGUUCGCCCGUACCGUCCCGACGACGGAGAAGGUGUCCGAGUCCGUGUUAGCACUUCUCAAGCAGUUUAACUGGAACGUUGUGAGCGUGGUGGCGGCUAAAGAUCUCCAGUUUUCGCGGGUUAUGACCAGACUGGAGAAGUUCCUGCCACUGCACGGCAUCAAGGUACAGCACGCCUUCUCCUAUGAGAAUCCGUACUACCCCAUCCCUCCAAUCAAAGACAACCGCCUCAAAGACAUCAUAGAGCAAUCCUACACCAACACACGAAUUUACGUCUUCAUACCCGCGGAGCCGUACGAGUUACACGCUUUCCUUGAGGACCUCGAUGAAAAGGGACUUCUUGACGAUGGAGAUUACAUCGUCGUCGCCAUCUUCUUCAAGAUCUUCGACGAGUCUAACCGAGAUGGACUUAUAAAGGGUGUCUACUACCCGGCUGAAGGUCCCGAUGGUAUCUCCCAACGCAUCAGGUACAUGCAUAACGUCCUCAUGCUCUUCUACACGAGUGCCAUGAGUCCUGACUUCAAUGGAUUCAAGAUCGAAGCAAAGGCCUAUCUCUCAGAGCCGCCCUUCAACUUCGACUCUGGUCUCCUUGAGGAAUUAGGAUAUCCCAUUGAGAUCACAGAGGAUGCUGCUUAUCUUUACGAUGCCGUGAUGCUGUACGCUAAAGCUCUCAACCAAACCCUGAGCGAAGGAGGGAGCAUCACGAACGGGACCGAUAUUAUCUCAAACAUCCUAGACAAAACAUAUCAGAGUAUUACUGGGGUAAAUCGCAUCAUCGACAAAGAUGGCGAUACCAUUGCCAACGUGAGCGUCUUCUCAAUCCAGAGAAACAGUUCGUCCGACAUCGACUACGUCAUCGAUCCCGUCGCCAUCUUCCAGGAACGCAACGGUACCACGGUGUAUGCUGCUCAUAAAGGUGUAGACAUUCAAUGGCUAGGCGGCAGUCCUCCCAGGGCCCAACCUCUGGCGUGA